AUGGACCUCUCCGUUUUGCCAAACAACAACCAUCCUGAUAAAUUCCUGCAACUGGAGGUUAAAUCUUUAGUGAAAAACUCUGCCUUUUUACCAGCCAACUGGGCAAAAUUCCCAGAAGCAGCUUUACCUGGAGUGCAGCGGUGGCACAACAGGAUCUAUUUACAGAGAGAAAAGAAAACUGUCACUGAGCUGCCAGGCUUAGACUUGAACAGGGUUGGUCAAGAAAUCAUAGACAAAUCACUGGGGAAACACAUUACUCCCAUCACCCUGAAAUCCACAAUCAAGAGCAACCCACUGUACAGUGAUAUUCAUGUGGAUGAUGACUGGGAGGAGAAGAAAAAGACCCCUUCCUGGACUGUGCAAGACUAUGACAGACAGUCACUGCACUCUAACUUGGCCAGCCACAUAAAGGAAAAUCCUAAUGAUCUACAGUUCUGGAUGGGGGAUAUUUAUACUCCUGGGUAUGAUACCUUGUUAAAAAAGAAGGAGCGAGAAAAAAAACAUUCAAAAUAUUGCCGAAUCAUUCUGCUCAUGAUACUAGCCAUUUGCAUUCUAAUUACUGUAAUCACACUUAAACAGCCCCCAGCACUCGAGGUGAGGCUGCCUCAGUGCAGAUCAGAACAGGACAAUCGCCUCCCUUGCCUGGAUGCUGAUGCUGAGCCUGAUGCACCCCAGGCAGAGCUGGCCCUCCUGGCUGCCGGGGCACUGCUGGCUCAUGAUCAACUUCUCCUUAACAAGGACCUCAAUGUCCCCUUCCUGCAGCCCUCCAGAAAACUGAACUUCAACAGGACUUUAAACAGGUGCUUAAAGCUGUCUCUUAGUGAGUUUCUCCCUGGGAGCAGCCAGUCUGGUGGUGGUGGCAGUGCAUCCUGA